CUCUCUCUCAGACACAAACAGAGAGAUAGAGAGAGAGAGACACAAACAUAUGUGUAUGAAGGUGUCGGUGUCGGCAUAAUAGUCAAGUUCGUAGUUACAUUGUCCCUUUCGUCAUGCCUAAGCCAUUUGAACAUUUUUAUAUAUAUUUACAGCUAUGCACAUGCAGUGCAAAUAGAAAAAAGAAAGCUUAAAACUUUGAGAAUAGACUGAGAAAGAGAGAGAAGCAUUUUUCAAUUGUUGCUCUCUCUUUCUCUCUCUGUCGGUCAAUUUUCGAUCUGGGUCUCUUUUAUUCAGUUCGGAAUCUCGUGGAGUGUUGUCUCAUACCUUCAUGGGAGUUGCUCAAUUGGGGUGCUCCUGAUUCUGUAUCUUCCUCUCACUUUGUGAGUUUUCAAGUGGGGGUUUUGUGAUCUAAAUUCUGGCUUCAUUGCUCUGGAAUUUCAUCUGGGGUUGUCACAAACUGAGUGAUCCAUCUACUUUGGAGACAAAGAUUGCUCUUUUGAGUGUGCAUAGGUCAGAUACAGAUCCGAGCUUCAAUUUCUAUACCAAGUGAAGGGAGCUGCUUCUGAAGUGGAACUGGGAGUGGAAUGGAAGAGAGCAGUCUUUCAACUGAUCUUCUGAGCAAUUAGAAGUUUCACGAGGCUUUUUAAGUAAUGUGUGUAUCUUGUUGAGCUUGAACUGUUUUUUGAUCCGUUAUUAUCAUCUGGAUAGAGCUUAGUACGAGAGUAUGAUGGAGUCAGAAGGAGAAGCUGGGGCAAAGCCAAUGAAUACAUUGGGUGGUCAAGUCUGCCAGAUCUGUGGUGAUAAUAUUGGGAACAAUGUAGAUGGCAAUCCGUUCAUUGCUUGCGAUGUUUGUGCUUUCCCCGUCUGCAGGCCUUGCUAUGAGUAUGAAAGAAAGGAUGGAAAUCAGUCUUGCCCUCAGUGCAAGACCAGGUACAAGAGGCACAAAGGUAGUCCUGCUAUUCUUGGAGACCGGGAAGAGGAUGGGAGUGCUGAUGAUGGUGCAAGUGACUUCAAUUACAAUUCAAAAAAUCAGAACCAGAAACAGAAGAUUGCAGAGCGCAUGCUGGGCUGGCAAAUGGCAUAUGGUAGAGCAGAGGAGGUUGGUGCUCCAAAUUAUGAUAAGGAAGUUUCGCACAAUCAUAUUCCUAUGCUCUCCGGUGGACAGGAGGUUUCUGGAGAAUUAUCUGCAGCCUCACCCGAGAGGCUAUCGAUGUCAUCUCCCGGUGGCCGUGGGAAGCGUGUCCACAAUCUUCAAUAUUCGUCUGACAUUAAUCAAUCACCAAAUAUUAGAGUUGGGGAUCCUGGAUUGGGCAAUGUGGCAUGGAAAGAAAGAGUUGAUGGCUGGAAAAUGAAGCAAGAUAAGAAUGCUGCACCAAUGAGCACGGGCCAAGCCACAUCUGAAAGAGGAGCCGGAGAUAUUGAUGCUAGUACUGAUGUGCUUGUGGAUGAUUCCUUGUUGAAUGAUGAGGCUCGACAACCUCUCUCCAGGAAGGUUUCUAUUCCAUCAUCUAGGAUCAAUCCAUACCGAAUGGUCAUUGCUCUGCGGCUGGUUAUCCUAUGCAUUUUUCUGCAUUAUCGAAUAACAAAUCCUGUGCCCAAUGCGUAUGCUUUGUGGUUGAUAUCAGUUAUAUGUGAGAUUUGGUUCGCCAUGUCUUGGAUAUUGGAUCAAUUCCCCAAAUGGCUCCCUGUGAACCGUGAAACAUAUCUUGACAGACUUGCACUAAGAUAUGAUCGAGAAGGGGAACCAUCACAGCUAGCAGCUGUUGACAUUUUUGUCAGUACUGUCGAUCCAUUAAAAGAGCCUCCACUUGUGACUGCUAACACUGUAUUAUCUAUUCUUGCUGUUGACUACCCAGUGGAUAAGGUGUCCUGUUAUGUCUCUGAUGAUGGUGCUGCUAUGUUGACAUUUGAAGCACUGGCUGAGACAUCGGAAUUUGCAAGGAAAUGGGUUCCUUUCUGCAAGAAAUAUAACAUUGAACCCCGGGCACCUGAGUGGUAUUUUGCACUGAAGAUUGACUAUUUGAAAGAUAAGGUUCAACCAUCAUUUGUCAAAGAUCGAAGAGCAAUGAAGAGAGAAUAUGAAGAAUUUAAAAUCCGUGUCAAUGGACUUGUUGCAAAGGCACAAAAGGUUCCUGAAGAAGGAUGGGUGAUGCAAGAUGGUACACCAUGGCCAGGAAACAACACCAGAGACCAUCCAGGAAUGAUUCAGGUUUUCUUGGGCCAAAGUGGAGGGCUUGACACCGAGGGUAAUGAACUUCCACGUUUGGUCUAUGUUUCUCGUGAAAAACGUCCAGGGUUCCAACAUCACAAGAAGGCUGGUGCCAUGAAUGCACUUGUUCGAGUGUCUGCAGUCCUUACUAAUGGACCUUUCUUAUUGAAUCUUGAUUGUGAUCAUUACAUAAACAAUAGUAAAGCGUUGAGGGAAGCUAUGUGCUUUAUGAUGGAUCCGAACCUUGGGAAAAAUGUUUGCUAUGUCCAGUUUCCACAGAGGUUUGAUGGUAUUGAUAAGAACGAUCGAUAUGCCAAUCGUAAUACUGUUUUCUUUGACAUAAAUUUGAGAGGUUUGGAUGGCAUUCAAGGCCCUGUUUAUGUGGGUACUGGGUGUGUGUUCAAUAGAACAGCAUUAUAUGGUUAUGAGCCCCCUAUUAAACCUAAGCAUAAAAAGGCCGGGGUGCUUUCUUCACUCUGCGGUGGUAGGAAAAAGAGCUCAAAAUCUAGCAAGAAAGGAUCAGACAAGAAAAAGUCUGGCAAGACUGCUGACCCAACUGUGCCUAUUUUCAGUCUUGACGAUAUAGAAGAAGGGGUGGAAGGUGCUGGAUUUGACGAUGAGAAAUCACUACUCAUGUCACAAAUGAGCCUUGAGAAAAGGUUUGGUCAGUCUGCUGUCUUUGUUGCCUCUACACUCAUGGAAAAUGGUGGUGUUCCUCAGUCUGCAACUCCAGAAACACUUCUUAAGGAGGCAAUUCAUGUUAUCAGUUGUGGUUAUGAAGACAAAACAGAAUGGGGAAGUGAGAUAGGAUGGAUCUAUGGUUCUGUCACAGAAGAUAUUCUUACUGGAUUCAAGAUGCAUGCCCGUGGUUGGAGGUCUAUAUACUGCAUGCCCAAGCUCCCGGCGUUCAAAGGGUCUGCUCCUAUCAAUCUUUCUGACCGUCUGAACCAAGUGCUUCGUUGGGCAUUAGGUUCAGUCGAAAUUCUUCUGAGUCGACAUUGUCCCAUCUGGUACGGUUACAGCGGAAGGCUAAAGUGGCUCGAGCGGUUCGCAUAUGUGAACACCACAAUCUAUCCAGUCACUUCCAUUCCUCUUCUUAUGUAUUGUACCUUACCAGCUGUCUGUCUCCUGACUAACAAAUUCAUUAUUCCACAGAUUAGUAACAUUGCAAGUAUAUGGUUUAUCUCUCUCUUUCUUUCCAUCUUCGCGACUGGUAUUCUUGAGAUGAGGUGGAGUGGUGUUGGAAUCGACGAGUGGUGGAGAAACGAACAGUUUUGGGUUAUCGGCGGUGUUUCGGCCCAUCUUUUUGCCGUGUUCCAAGGUCUGCUGAAAGUGCUUGCUGGAAUUGACACUAACUUCACUGUUACCUCAAAGGCAUCAGAUGAAGAUGGAGACUUUGCAGAACUGUACAUGUUCAAAUGGACAACCCUUUUGAUCCCUCCCACAACACUUCUGAUCAUAAACCUGGUUGGAGUUGUUGCAGGUAUCUCGUAUGCCAUAAACAGUGGCUACCAAUCAUGGGGUCCCCUCUUUGGUAAGCUCUUCUUUGCAUUUUGGGUGAUCAUCCAUCUCUACCCUUUCCUCAAAGGUCUCAUGGGACGUCAGAACAGAACACCAACCAUUGUGGUGGUCUGGUCCAUUCUUCUUGCAUCCAUUUUCUCUCUUUUGUGGGUCCGAAUCGACCCGUUUACCACCAAAGUCACUGGUCCUGAUGUUGAGCAGUGUGGAAUCAACUGCUAGGGAAACAAAGGAAUGUUUGUCAAACACCUCUGUCAACCGACAACAUAAGCUUGGUGGGAAUGUUGUGUCUUCCAAUUCUUUGGUUUACAGAUUUUGAUAUUUGUUCUUUGCUUGUUUAAGUUAUGUGCAGUUUAAUGGUCCAUACACAAGAAAUCAUGUUAAGUUAUGUGCAGUUAAUGUGGACCAUACACAAGAAAUCAAAGUAGAAUCAAAUCAUUCAAGGUUGUUUAUUUUUUUGUAUUA